AUGGAAAAGCAGGACCAAGAAGGACCUGGGACUGGCAAGAGAGCAAGCAAAAGGCUUGGGAGUGCGGUUGAAUUCUGGGAAAGGGCUGAGCCAGAAAUCCCACCUAAGGACACCGUGACCUCAGAUGUACAUUGCCGACACUUCCAGCAGUUCCGCUACGAUGAGGCCGAAGGGCCCCGAGAGAUGUGGGAACCAUCCCGGAAGAGAGGAGCUAUGUUUCUUGAGGUGGAUGGAGCUUCCUGGGAGCAAGCGCAGAGGGCACAGGCCGUGGAGCGUGCCCAAGAUGCCCUCUCCUGUGAGGCUGGGAGCGCAAGAGAGACUUUGGUAGAGGCAAACAGCAGCCUUGCAUCCGAAGAAAGGCUAGAGAGGUGUGGAUCCCAAGAGCAUAUUCCCUUCCGAAAUGAGCUGACGGAGACAGAGGAUGCUCAGAGGAAUGAGGAGGGUGAGGAACUUCAUCAGCAAAUGCCAGAUGGAGUGAGAAGUGAGGACUUGAUAGAAAACAUGAGGCAUCGAGGAAGACCUGUGAGAAAGAAAGGGGGCCAUGUGGCUGAGAAGCAAGAUGGGGAAAAGAACCCACACAGGGAGAAACCUUUUGAAUGCUCAGAGUGUGGAAAGCGAUUCAGUGACAAAUGCGGUCUUAAGCAGCACCAAAGAACCCACACAGGAGAGAAACCUUUUGAAUGCUCUGAGUGUGGAAAGAGAUUCAGUCAGAAUGGCAAUCUUCAACAGCAUCAAAUUAUGCACACUGGGGAGAAACCUUUUGAUUGCUCAGAGUGUGGAAAGAAAUUCAGUCAUCGUGGUGGUCUUCAGUAUCAUCAAAGAACCCACACAGGGGAGAAACCUUUUGAAUGCUUAGAGUGUGGAAAGAGAUUCAGUAUAAAUUCCAGUCUUCAGAAUCACCAAAGAACCCACACAGGGGAGAAACCUUUUGAAUGCUCAGAGUGCGGAAAGAGAUUCAGUAGGAGUAGCAAUCUUCAACAGCAUCUGACAGGGUGUAAGAAAGUGGUUCUGACUUAG